GCACCAUGUCUCUGUGACAGCUGAUCGAGGCGGAGAUGCGCCGUUAACCACCGUGGAAAAGUGCACGGGGGAUAGAGGCUCUUCUACCAACCCAACAGCUCUCUCUGCUUUUGGAGUUUCCGUUUUCUGAUAGGGAACAACACUUGGAAGAAGGAAAAGCUGGAGCUGGUCUCUCUCCAACUGCGUAAAAAUAAGAAGCCGCCGUCCAGGCUUGUCUGUGUUGCGCGCUCUCUCUCCUCCGUCGCAGGACCAGCGCGCUAGAUGGGGAUAUUGGGAAUAGAUAUCAGUCGAUGGGAGAAGAUGACUAUUGCGGGUAGGAAUGGACUCAUUUGACGAUGCUGGGAGCUAGUAACGACGUCGAGAGAUGGAUGUGAUUAAUCUUCAAAAGAAAGCAGAGCGUUAAUGGAGGCUAACCCAGAUGUGCUUAGCAGGACCGUAGCUCCCUGAGGUAUAUGUUCAUCGUCAUCUACUUGGGCCUGCAUGACCGAAGUCUUGACCCCAACCCGUACGCCCAGGAGGGUAAAUUGAGCGGUUGGACGCCACACCAGCACAACCACAGCAAAACAAAAGCCCCCUGGGAAACCAUCCCUACCGAUGGGGGGUAGUCAGUUGCUAUAGCAACAGCAACAAAUGAUUCAUUAGUUGUGAAGUUAACAGCUCAGAUAAUCUACAAAGACCAAUUACUUACUGGAGGGAAUCGGGCCAAUAUGAAGGACGUGUCAUUUGUGGAUCGUUUCUUCGUGGGCCUUGCCAUGACUGCCUUUGUUCUGGCCUCUGAGGAGAGAGUCGAUUGCCCUCAGCUAUGUAUGUGUGAGAUCAGACCCUGGUUCUCUCCCAGCUCCGUGUACAUGGAGGCCCCAAUUGUUGACUGUAAUGACUUGGGACUUUUCAUUCUGCCUGGGAGAUUACCAACGGACACACAAGUGCUAUUGCUGCAGACCAACAACAUUGCAAAGAUUGAGAAACCUUUGGAUUACCUGGCCAACAUCACAGAGAUUGACUUGUCGCAAAACAACUUAUCCUCAAUGAGUGACAUCCACCUCGGGCGGCUGCCUCAGCUGCUGUCCCUACACAUGGAGGAGAACUGGAUACGCCAGCUGCCAGACAGCUGCCUGGCAGAGCUGGCCAACCUUCAGGAGCUUUACAUGAACCACAACCUGAUCUCCUCCAUCUCCUCCACAGCGUUCCAGGGCCUCCACAACCUCCUCCGGCUCCACCUCAACUCCAACAAGCUGCAGACGAUCAGUAGUGAGUGGUUCGACACCAUGCCCAAUCUGGAAAUACUCAUGAUUGGAGAGAAUCCGAUCACCUCCGUUCAAGACAUGAACUUCAAACCCCUUCAUAAUCUCCGAAGUCUAGUUCUGACCAGGAUGAACCUAUCGCAGUUACCCGACGGCGCUCUAUCUGGCCUCGACAACUUGGAGAGCAUCUCGUUCUACGACAACACCUUCCCCGAAGUUCCCCACGCAGCUCUGAGGAACUUAAAGAACCUCAAGUUUCUGGAUCUAAACAAGAAUCCCAUUGGGAGGAUACAGCGGGGAGAUUUCGCGGACAUGCUCCACCUCAAAGAGCUGGGCAUUAACAGCAUGCCGGAACUGGUUUCUAUCGACAGCUUUGCCCUCAACAACCUCCCCGAACUGACUAAGAUCGAGGCCACCAACAACCCCAAACUCUCCUACAUCCACCCCAAUGCUUUCUACAAGCUGCCUAGGCUGGAGACGUUGAUGCUGAAUGGGAACGCGCUCAGCGCCCUACACAGGAUUACAGUGGAGUCCCUCCCCAACCUGCGGGAGGUGAGCAUGCACAGCAACCCCAUCCGCUGCGACUGUGUGGUCCGCUGGAUGAACAUGAACAAGACCAACAUACGCUUCAUGGAACCGGAUUCACUCUUCUGCGUGGAGCCUCCCGAGUACGAGGGCCAACACGUCCGGCAGGUCCACUUCAGGGAGAUGACAGAGAUCUGUCUGCCUCUCAUCUCCACUGAGAGCAUGCCCGGGCACGUCAGCAUCGACAAUGGGAGUUCUGUAUCACUCCAUUGCCGGGCCUUUGCCGAACCCGAACCGGAAAUCUACUGGAUCACGCCUUCCGGUACCAGGGUCCUACCGAAUACCGUUUCAGAUAAAUACUACAUGCACCCAGAGGGAACGUUUGACAUCUACGACGUAACAGAGAACGAGGCUGGACUGUACACCUGCGUUGCCCACAAUCUGGUUGGCGCAGACCUGAAGUCAGUCUCUGUGGAGGUGGAUGGAUACUUCCCCCGACCUGCCAACGGCUCUUUGGACGUCAACAUCAAAUCAGUGCAGACCAACUCGGUCCUAGUGGCCUGGAAAGCUGCCCAUGGCGGUCUGGCUCCUAACAUAAAGUGGUACACGGCUUCCGACCCCAGCCACCCGACCAUGUCAUUCACUGCACGCGUACCGUCUGAUGUGAAAGUGUACAAUCUCACACAUCUGACUCCCGCCACCCAGUACAAGGUGUGUGUGGACAUCCGUGGCAUCCUCUACAAACACGACACCAAAUGUGUCAAUGUCACCACAAAGGGAUUAGAGCUGGCGGCCAAGGACACUGAAAAGUGGCACGCAGCAGUAAUCGCCGUCUUUGGUGUGCUUCUCGCUGUGAUUUCAGUGGCCUGUCUGCUUAUUUAUGUGUCUCUGAGGAACCACCACCUUUAUGGGGAUUUAAGGAAAUGCCACUCCAAAGUGUCCCUGAUGCCGGUGGCCGGCCUGCACUCUCCUUUUACGAGGCUCUGGGUCUCAGGGAAAGGACUGCCAACCGCGGUGGAAGUGAAACCCACAGUCAUAAAUGUAUCUGACAAUGCCUUUUAAAGAACUAUACCCCAGUGGUGCUUACCACACAACCGCAAAGAAUGGACAAGGCGUUUAAAGAGGAGAAUCCUGCAGUAACUGUUUAAAAAUGUGCAUCUGCAUCCUUUUAGCUUUGACUCUGACAUUCUGGAAAAAUAUACAACAUCAUUGAAUUGAGGAGGAACCGGUAGGAGGGAGACAGACCACUCUCUCGGUUACAACAUAGUAUCUGACGUGGCGGCUUUAUAACAAUUGCUUUAUCAAGCUAACAUCACCAGGGAGAUCGUUUUCCUUGCUAAAACACAUAGUUCGAUAUCCCGGGGUUCUUCGCAGAGUACAGACAGAAUAAGAGACAAGAUGAUGAUGAUGGUGUUCGCUCUCUUGUAAUUGACUGUUAAAUGUGUUAAGAAUAGUGGAACUGUCCUUGUGGUCCCCAAGCAAUAGCGUCUGUGCUGUACAACAUCCAUAGGCGAGCUAGAGAUGACAACUGUCUAUAACGGAGGAACUAUGUAGUAGAAUAGAAUAGACAAUAACAAUGACUAUGGUGUAAAACUUUUGAUGAAUAUACCCUUUUUUCUAUUUAGAAAGAGAGGAUUUUUGUUUUUUCAUUGAUAAAUUGUUAUAUAUUCUAUCCGCUAAUGUAAACAUAAAUCCUCUGGUGUAAUAUCUGGACAGUGAACUAGUGUGAUAUUAAUAACGACAGAAACAAAUUACUCUCAUAAUAACAACAUCAUUAUGCUAAAUACAAUUAUAUGCGUUUUGGGUACAGUAUAUAGAGAGGGCAUUUAAGAAAUGGUUGUUUGCAAGUGUUUGCUGAAGGAUCUAAGAAUCUUGACAGAGGCAGACCUUGAGUUGAUGGUGAGUUUAUGGUCUGAAUGUUGUUGUCUAUCCUGACAUCUCCCAGAGAGGAAUGAUGAACAGUGGUUUCCCACUGGGCAAAAACUAGUUUCCACAUCAUUUCAACAAAAAAAAUUAAAUGUGAUGAUGUUGAAUCAACGUGGAAAACUGAUUGGAUUUGAAAAAUGUCAUCAACAUAAGGGUAUUUCGUCUUUUCCCCCCAACUUUUAACCUAAAUCCAAUGGCAUUUUAUGUUGAUUUCAUGUUUAAUUCACGUUAGUUGACAACUCAACCAAAUGAAAAUCAAAACUAGACGUUGAACUGACGUCUGUGCUCAGUGGGUUGUUAUGCCCCGGUAAGUGCCUACUACAAGAACUACUCAAGAAGUACACAGGAAGUACACAAGAACUACUACAGAGAAAUAACAACAAGGCCAUGUCAUAUCUGCAGACUCACAAGCUAAUCUCAAGUACUUUUAGUGAAAAUACAUUCUUAGUAUUUUUGGCAUAUAAACAUUUUAAAAACAUUGCGUUCUUGCUUUGGGUGUAAAGCUAUAAAAGCCAUUUUUAUAUUGACUGUACUGUCUGUGAUAUCUGGGAACAACUGGGACUAAGAUGAGAAUCUGUGCUAAGAAAAAAAAAUAAUAAACGUCAACGUUUCUUUGCAAUCAUAGGGCUACUCCCGCUCUCCCCUUUCUUCAGAGUGCUGAAAGCAUUUUAUUAUCACACAACAUGACAAUCAUCACAGUGGACUUGAUGAAAACACUAUACAGCCUUGUGAUGUGACAUUUCCUGCAACAUUUUGUGUUCCUGACCUUUAUAUUGCCAGGAGACCUUGAUAAUGAUCACACAGCAUUUCAUAUAAGAGCAGAAAUACCUGUUGUAACACAAUGUGAAUAUACUGUAUUAUAUGAGUUUGUAUGUAUUGUAACCUACAUUGUUAUUGCCAGAUACACCCCAAUACAGCCUCAUUAACUGGCUCAUUAGGGACAUGUUCAUUCUUUAGACAGAGGUCCAUGGUUUGAAUAAACCCAGCAAAGUCAGUGACGCAGUCAUGUAGAGAACCAGAGCGGAAAGACACAAUGUCCCAAUGACAACGCUUUGCAAGGGAAGUCAGCCGGUUAAAGCUUGCUCCAAAGCAGUCGGAAUCGGAAAAUCGCAUUAUAUUUGUUUCAUUAAGGAUCCAAUGCUGGAGUCCCGAACAUAAAAAUCCCAGACAUGAUGAAUGUCUGUCAGGGGCAGAGUGACAUGGAAGAUUUAUCAGACAGGACCUACCUCAUACAUCACUGCAGCCUUCAGCACCAUGGACAGGGCUUUUAGAGCUCAGCCAUUUGUCACAGACAAAGGGAGCUCAAAUAUGACCAGAGCUGCUUCGCUCAGGCAGUGGCUCAGGUCAGCCUUGACAGUCUGCCCCCAUCUGACGCACACAGAGAAACACACAUACUGUACAUACAUGCACACAAGCAAGCACACACACACACGCCCACACACA